AUGACUCCCAAGCGUAAGGCGCAGAGUUCAACAGCACCAGUCGCUUCUUCUCCGUCAGUACAGCAAAGACAAAUUGGAGAGGGAAGUGGUCAGACGCAGGCAAUUCAACGAAGUCCAGACUGGAGCAAUGGAAGCCUUCAGCCCGCUGGGCUCUUCAGUCGUGCAGCAACACGCGGCAGUUUCUCCCUUGGGAGCAUACUGAAUGCAUCAGAAUCGACCACUUCAGAAGCACAACAGGAAGAGUCGCGGAUUCCUUCUGACGACCCAGUUCAACUCGGUCUCCUCAAUUCUUCCAUCGCUUCGUCCCUGUUCGAAAACUUUGUGGAAUCUCUCAAUCCAUAUAUAAGUCAACUGGAUCCACACCUGCACACUUUCGGCCGUAUCCGACAAGAGUCUUCGUUCCUUCUCACGGCAAUUCUGGCUGCUGCCGCGAAAGCUUUCAAUCCUGCUUUGUACAGGAAGCUUCGCGACCAUGCCGAAGACAUCCUUGCCACCACUUUCCGGAAGGGAACUAAAUCAGUUGAGACUGCGCAGGCGGUCAUGAUUCUGACCUAUUGGAAAGAGUCCGAAGAUACGCGUGCCUGGAUGCUCUUAGGAUACGUGAUCAGGAUGGGGAUGGAACUAGGCUGGCAUCGGCUUGCUCCGUAUUCUUCACAGUCAAACACAGGGACCGACAUGGAGAGACGUCAGAAGAGGAACAUCGAAAGAACUUGGCUUAUUCUGUUUGUUUACGACCGAAGCAUGAGCUUGCAGACUGGAAAGCCAUGGAUGAUUGAACGAAGCGAGUUUAUCGAGUCCAUUGAGCCAUGGUGCAAAGAUUCAAUGGCCACUCCUGGCGACCGUCUACUCGGUGCGCUAGUGACAUUACGCUUGUUGAGUUCAGAGGUCUUCAGGCUAUUAGGACCAAGGUCAAGUCGAGUUCGCGCGAGACAGUUACAUAGCCUAGAAUCUCUCCUUGCAAUCAUCAAGAGCAGAAUCGAGGAAUGGGAGUCGAGGUGGCUCAGCGUAGCAGAUACAGACGGCUGCCAUCCUUUCUUGAUCCAGUUCUACGGCACACAUCUCAGGUUGCAACUAUUCUCUUUGCCGUUACAGGACAUCUUGGCGCAGUCGGACCAGAACACGACAUACCACAUGGAGGCUCUCUGGGUUAGCUACUCGAGCGCCCUUGAGAUGCUGCAUCUCAUCUGCCGUCACCCCUCUUGGCUGUACUUCGCCCAAGAUUCUAUUCACGUUAUGACUGCUUAUAGUGCAGCUUUCUUGAUCAAGCUCAUGUUAUCCACCUCCCAUUCAAUCGCCGGCCAAAUUCAACCCGCUAUACAAAGUGCGAUAUCAGGCGCCGCCUUGGUUUUCUCCCAGCAAGCUGCUCCGCUGGGCUCGAGCUGCGCACUUCAGUCAAGGUUUCUCGACAACGUCCUGGCUAGAAUCUCUAAGCCCACGGCCGAAGCGUCGGCAGCAACAGAUCUUACUGAGUCUUGUGGCCAGCUUCAAGCCGGCGAGCGGGAUACGACUCGGGAGGCCGGCGUUGCCGCAGCUUCAGGGCGAGCCUUCAACCAGGUGGAAGGCGGACUGAGCCUGGACUUUGCAGAUGAUGAAACCUGGGUUGAACUCAUGGCCGAAGCUGGGUUCAAUGCUCAAGACGGCGUAUUUUUUGCUUGA